CGUCCGAGCAGACGAUUGCAUAAAAUUUCAGUUGCCAACAUGGCUUUAAAAUUGAGUGGUGUGCUGAAUCAAUGGAAGAAUUUCGACUUGCCGACCGUACAGCGGGAGCUGGACGUCGAAGCGGCAGAAGUGGGACGGCGCCAGGAUGAAAGUGAAGCGGCCCGCAAGCAACUCAUCGAGCAGAGUCGCGAAUUCAAAAAAACAGCCACUGAGGAGACGAAAGGUCAAGUGGCUCCGUUGCUGAAGAGCUUCCAAUCUGAGAUCGACAAGUUGAGUCAACGAAGCAAAGCUGCCGAAGUUGCCUACCUCGGAUUAUACAAGAAAUUAACUGACGUCACCGAUCCGGUUCCUCUAUUGGAAAUGACCAAUGGGCUGCAGGCCAAAGCGGCCCGGAUGCAGGACGUCGAUCUCGAAGUGAAGCAGCUGCGCGAGACGUUGGCCGAGUACAACGAGGAAUUCCGCCAAGUCCGCAAUCAAGAAGUGACAAUCAAGCAGCUGAAGGAAAAGGUCCGCCAAGCUGAAGAAUCCCUGGAACUAAUAGUUCAGGCACGACUGGCGGAACACGAGGACGGCCUACGGAGCCAGUUUGAGGAGAGGGAGCGCGAGUUGGUCGAUUUGAACCAACUGACGGCUCGCCGUUUGGCCGAAGCCGAAUCGAAACUCGCCGCCCAACAAGCCACUGUCACUGAACUGCAGUCGGAGCUGUUCGACGCCAAAGCCGGAGCUGAAGUCAUUUCCCAUGCGAAGCUCGACGAAAUUGAAAUAUUAAUGCAGGAUCUGGAUCGAUCUAAUCAGCGCGCUGUUUUGGCCGAGAAGGAAUUGUCUGUCCUCAAAGAACAAUUUGAGAGAGCUGAAGAGAGCAGUAAGCGGCAGCGGCUUAGCAGCGAUCAGGCCAAUGAAGCUCCACCUCCACCCAUCAUGGACACGCCCCUCGACGUGAUGGGCAGACCUUCAUUACUCGAACUCGCCGCCAAGGAAAAAGAGGUCCAAACGUUGAUCGAGGACGUACAAAAGUUGCAGUCGACUCUGAACCAGUUGCGCGAAUCUUCCGCCCGCCAGCUGUCACAUUUUGAGGAAGAGUUACAGGUGCGCGGCCGACACAUCCAGCGAUUGGAAGCUCAGCUCGAAGCGCAAAAAGAUUACCAGGAAAUCCGUCGCGAACUCAGCCGUAAAUAUGUCGCCCUCCUUCAAGACCCCCACGAUGGCAACGACAGUGGAAUAUUCCUCAUUGUAUUUGUGGUAUCCACUUCCGCAUUGGCUGGCGGCAACAAACCGUUGGAGGUUUUGCUGCUGGAACGCAAUAAAGCCCUACAGUCGGAGAACACGGCCCUCAAAGUGGCCAACAGUGAGCUGCAAGGAGAAGAAGAGAAAACAGUGACACUUCCGCUGGAAGAAACUUCACCUCCAUCACCUCCACCGUCGUCUUCCUCGUCGGCAUCGCCCGGUCCGGCCGCAUUGUCUUCCAGCGGCGCCAUCGACGCCGGCACGGCCAACGACAACAACAACAAGAGCAAAGCGACAGAUUGCCAGCAAGGCGAUCGUUCCGCGAACAACAACAACAACAACAACAACAUCGAGGACGACGACGACGACGACGAGGACAACGACAUGCCAUCGUCGACGAGACUCGGUUUGAACAGCCCGAUGGCGGCGGCGGCGGCAGCAGCCGCCGCGGCCGCGUCGGCAUCGGUCGGCGCUCACGUCGGACCGCCACCGCCAUUUUCGCCUUUCGUCGGCGCCUCAUCUCUGGUCGGUCCGCGACACCUGCCGCCCGUCUUCCAUCCGGUUUUGGGCCUCGGGUCGCUCGGACAUUUCUUCAACGAGGACAUGCUGCUCCACUGGCGGAGAUCACUCGAAGCUUCCAUGCUCAGCCACCACCAGCAGCAACAGCUGCAACAACAUCAACAACAACAACAACAACAACAGCAACAGCAACAACAAGAGCGACGCUUGACGUCGCCCGAUCGCGCCAGAGCCUCCAGUCCGGGCAGCGACAACGGCGCGGAAGAAAACAACAGCACCUUGUUCGGCCAGCGGACGCCGACGAGAACGACGACGGCCGACGGGCCGUCGACUACGCCAACGACGGCACCCCGAUGCCCUUCUACGCCGAGCGGCCAGCAGGGGCAGCAAGUCAACGCGUCGACGCCCAAUUCUUGCGGUAUUACCACACUACCGGGCUGGCCUAGCUGGGAAGAUUCGCAUCUUGCCCGGCUCCAGCAAGAGUUCAUCACCCGCGGAGGCGUCUACCCGGGAUUCGGCGGCCCGGGCAGCGGCAACGGCGGAAUGGGCAACGGCAGCGAAGGCGGCGAGCCGUCAGCCGCCGCUUUGGCCUCGCUUAUGUCCCUACCGGAAGGAUUGACUUCGCUGCUGGCCAAGAGCAACCCGCUCGAGGCCCGGCUCCAGGAAAUGCUGCGCGCCACCAUGGAGCGCUACGCCAGCCAAGCGCUGGACACUUUGGCCAUAUCGCGCGGCGUCCGCGAGCUCCUCUCGAUGCACAACAUUGGCCAGCGUCUCUUUGCCAAGUUCGUGCUGGGCUUAUCUCAGGGCACCGUCUCUGAGCUCCUGUCCAAGCCGAAACCGUGGGACAAGUUGACGGAGAAAGGCCGCGACUCUUACCGCAAGAUGCACGCGUGGGCCUGCGACGAGGCCGCCAUCCUCCUCCUCAAAUCUCUGAUUCCUCGCAAAGGAAAGGAAACGGGCUCGUCAGUGGCGACCAAGACGGAGGAGAGCUCCGUUACCGAGGAACGGAUCGCCCACAUCCUGCACGAGGCCAGCGCCGCACUACGGGCGCAACAAGUCGACGACUCUGGGAGCGACGAGAGCAAACCGCCCAGCCAAACACAGACUCCAUCACCCGGACCCAAAGUGGAACCGAUCUGCCCGUCGGCUGGAGCCAAUGCCACAUCAACGUCUAGUGCCACGACGACCACUACGACGCCGACUUCUUCGUCUAGCCAUCACCACCACCACAACAACAACAACAACAACAACAACAAUAGUAGUAGCAGCAGCAGCGCUAACCUCUUGUUGCAACAACAACAACAGCAACAGCAACAGCAGCAACGUCGCGGACGCAAGCCGGACCACGACGACAUUUCACAGGAGCAAGUGCUGCGCAUCUAUCACGACGAGCUGGCGAAAAUGAUGUCGGGCGGAUCGCCCGCUUUCAAUCCGGCCGCUUUCAAUCCGGCCCACCUAUCCGGAUUAUCGGCCCUGGCAGCCGGUGGCGGUUCCAGAGCCAUGGCGUCCAAUCUCCGCGACUACAAUAGAUCGUACACUAGCGCACUCUUUGAGCGGACGCCCGAAGAAAUUCGCAUGGCCCUCGAUGUCUAUCAACAGGAGCUCAACCGGUUGAUGCAGCCGCCGUCGUCGUCCAACGCCAACGCGACAUCGACGACGACGGCCACAGCCGCCGGCCAUUUGACGUCGACGCCCGUCGGCAGCGCCGGAAGCCAACAUCAAUCGACGACAACAAUGAGCGGCGGCGCACACGUCAGCAACGGUUUCCCUCAAGACCUGUCGCUGCCCAAGAGCGCCACGGGCGCCGGAAGCGCGCGGAGCGACGAGGAAAGCUCGGAGCGGGACGUGGGCAAAAUGAGAUCGGCCGUCGGCUCGUCGGCCAAUCACAAAUCGCUGCUGCUCGCGCCGGCCGCCGAGAAUGGCGAGCGCAGCAAGAGCGUGGCCGGAGAGGCGGCCAACAGCAGUUUGGCGCUGCACAGUUCGUCGAAAUCGACGGACAAUGCGAUCGGUAGCCUCUACAUGCCUCACUCGUUGCACAACAUUCUUCGGCCGUCUUCGAGCCUGUCGCCGGACGAGUCCAAUACGGCGACGACAGGAGCCGCCGGAAGUGGCGCUGCCGGUGGGGGCGUCGCGGCUGGCAAUGGCGGCGUGGCUUCGCCGCUCCAGCGCAUCGCCUCCAUCACCAAUUCGCUAAUGUCGCAGCCGGCCAACCCGACUCUGCCGCAAGUGACGCAGCGGCCGAUGAAAGCCAUCCUGCCUCCCAUCACCCAGCAACAGUUCGACACGUACCAGAACCUCAACACGGAAGACAUCGUCAAAAAGGUGAAAGAACAGCUGAGCCAGUAUUCUAUUAGCCAGCGGUUGUUUGGCGAGUCGGUGCUGGGCCUCUCUCAGGGAUCCGUGUCGGACCUGCUGGCCAGGCCUAAACCGUGGCACAUGCUGACUCAGAAAGGGCGUGAACCGUUCAUCCGGAUGAAGAUCUUCUUGGAGGACGAGAACGCCGUGCACAAGUUGGUGGCGUCCCAGUACAAAAUCGCGCCGGAGAAACUGAUGCGGACGGGCGGCUAUUCGGGAUCAUCACAAUCGGCUUUGAAGAAUUCGGUGGUAAAGAUGAUGACACCGACGUCGAUGCCGGCCACGUCGCCGGCCAUGUCGGUCGGUGUCAAUUCAGCUGGUGGUAUGGAUCUAUCGCCCAACAGCCUCGCCCAUUCGGCCAUGGCUCUUCACGGCCUCAGAGGUCCCGCCAGCGCGCUCGCAUCGCUGACACACGGAGCCGGAAUGGAUUUGAAUUCGUCCUUAUCCGGGCGGUCGAGUCCCAUCCCGACUGGCUUGACGUAUGGCGCUACGUUGGCCCAUUUCAUGUCUGCCCAGUCGAGCCUCAAUCAGCGCAGCCUCGCGUCUCAGAUAGCCCAACAUCAACAACAACAACAACAACAACAUCAACAACAAUUGCAUCCGUCUCCAGUUCUGAUCAAGAGCGAGAAGAAUUCCGGCUCCACUUCCGUCGGCAAAUCAUUGUCCGGCGCGCAGCUGGGCGGCCAUAAUAACAAUGCGACUAGCAACGGCACGACGCCCAGUCCGAUGGACGACAAUUCAACGCCAUCAGCCGGCCACGGUUUAUCCGGAUCGGGCAUUCCCACCUUGGCGGCCUACUCCCUGCCGGCCCACAGCGUCUACGAGUUAGCCGCUUUGACGCAAGACUUGGACACUCAGGGAAUGACGACCAAGAUCAAGGAAGUCCUCCUGGCCAACAACAUUGGACAAAAGAUUUUUGGCGAAGCCGUGCUGGGCUUGUCGCAGGGAUCCGUCUCCGAGUUGCUCUCCAAGCCGAAACCGUGGCACAUGUUGAGCAUCAAGGGCCGGGAGCCGUUCAUCCGCAUGCAGUUGUGGUUGAGCGACCCGCGCAACAUCGAACACAUCCAGCGCCUCAAGACGGAGCGACGGGAAGCCGGUAAACGGCGACGCGAUUUGGGUUUCCCCAUGGGCCCCAAUGACGUCGCUCCCAAUUCAAACGCGUCCAGCAACACCAACUCGUUUAUGGGUGGCGACAAUUCGAGCAACGACGGCUCGAUGGGCGGCAGUCCGUCACCGUACGGCGGGCAGAACCAUCAAGCGACGUCGUUGACGACGGGCGCCGGCGCCUCGCUGUCCUCCUCGUCGCCGUCACCGGCCAAGAAGCAGAGAAUCCUCUUUUCUGACCAGCAAAAGGAGGCCCUGAAGCUGGCCUUCAGCCUGGACCCGUAUCCCAGCACGUCGGCCAUGGAAUUCCUGGCCCAGGAGUUGAACCUGUCGACGCGCACCAUCACCAACUGGUUCCACAACCACCGAAUGCGCCUCAAGCAGCAACAGUCCAACUCGUUGGAUUGCUCGGCCAAGGAGGAGAUCUCGUCGUCCGCUUCGCCGGCCGCCACGCUCAACGGCGGCGGCGGCGGCGGCGGCCGUGAAAGUUCGGGACAAUUUGAUCCCAUCCACUUCCGCUUGCUCUUCCAUCAGCGCCUCUUUGAAAUGCAAGUGGCCGCCGGCGAUGCGGACGCUUCGGGACACCACGCGGCCGCCACAGGUGGUGGCAGCGGUGGCAGCGGUGGCAGCGGUGGCCAUCACCCUGGCCCUGGAGCGGGCGGCAUGAAUUUGCCCGCUUCCCUGGCCGGCUUGCCUCCUCAAUUGGCCGGCAAUUUGAACAUGAUGGCCUCGCUGGGCAUGCCGUAUCCUUUCUACGCCACUGGCAUGCUGUCGCAAUUCUGCAUGGGUCUCGGCAAUCCUUCGCCGGACAUGGCGCCGGGAGCCGAAGGACUGGACUUGACUUUGGCCCGGCAGCGCGCCGCGGCCCUCGCUCACAGCGAUUCCGAAGCCGAAGACAGCGACUGCGAAUCGGACACGUCGAGCCGGACGGGGCCGACGACGACGACGACGACGGCGCACCGACGCGACGCUCGACCGCCCGCCAAGAUGGCCAGCCCGUUAAUGACGGCCAUGGCUUCGGCCAAGACGACGGGUGGCGGCAAUCACCUGAGCGUGUCGUCGCAGGAGGAGCCGGCCGCGCAGGCGGCCAGAUCGUCUCGUCGGAGCCGGAAACCGGCCGCCCCUCAGUGGGUGAACCCUCACUGGCAGCAGAGCUCUGCCGGACGUGAACGCGACCGUGUCGAAUCGGAGGAUCGGGACAGUAGCGAAGAGCGCGACAAGAAGAAGAGCAAACUGUUGUCUUCUCGCUUCCAUCACAGCGUCGACGCCAAUUUGAAUAAUUUCGUCGAGGCGGACGCUAAAGCGGCCGGCGGCCGGAGUUCGGCCGACGACGACAAGUACGACAACGACGAGGACGAAGACGAUGAGGAAGACGAGUCGGCCAGCAACAAAUUGAGCCAUCGGCACAUGAGUCCGUCUCGUCGUUCGUCACCUUCCCCUUCGCCCUCCUCCGAUGAGGAGAAGAUGGACGACGAUGAGGAAGCCAAAGACGAUGAUAACAACGAACAUUCUUAACAGCCCCCCCACUACCCCGCCCACUACCCCCCAUCUCCGAUCGCAAGACACUUUCGGUGUGGCGGUUAGUGUGUGUGUGCGUGCGUGUGUGUGUGUGUGUGUGUGUGUGUGUCUUUAGUGAAGCGAUGGCCCUACACCAAGUUGGGAAGCUGAACUUGUCCGUCUAGACGUUUCUGUGCUCCAUCGCCUUUCUCAUCACGCAAACUACCAAUCUCCAAACGCGCCCCUCGCCCUUGUCCUCCACUUCCUCCUUCAGUGUCUCCCGUUUUAUCUAAUGUGAGAAAAAGACAAACAGAGAGAGAGAGAGAGAGAGAGAGAGAGAGAGAGAGAGAGAGAACAAAACGGUUCAACACAGCCGGAAAAUUUGGGGUUUGGUUUUUUUUUUUUUUUUCGGUUUUAAAUAAUUUAUAUUUAAAAAAAAAAUUCAAUGAAUCGUGUUUUCUUUAGUCAGAGCAACUUGUGCGCGC